AUGGCCGCUGAAAUCAUUUUGAUCCCCGUUGCUAAACAAAUCCUUGGCAAGGCAAUCGACUUGGCCAUGGAGCAGAUUGGGCUGUUGUGGUAUUUCAAACCCGAGCUCGGAAAACUGAAGAAAACUGUCUCCACCAUCCAAGCGGUGCUCCGAGAUGCAGAAGAAAAGCAGUUCCACAAUCAUCAAGUCAAAGACUGGCUCGAGAAGCGCUCGGAUGUCAUGUAUGAUGUGGACGAUAUGCUCGAUGAUAUCUCUACCGAGGCUCGUAGGAAGGCGAUCAUGGAACUUUCAUCUACUGGUUGUUGCAGUGUGGUUUGCUUUCUGUUUUGUUCACUUCCCAAACAGUUAGCUUAUGAUCUGAAGAUGGCUCAUGCAAUCAAAGCUGUUAGGGAGAAGCUUGAUGAUAUAACUAAAGACAAGGAUAGCUUGCAUCUGGAGGUUCGUAAUGAUGAAGGUCUUCCUUUGAGGGAGACUGAUUCCUGCCCACCCACGAUUGUCGUUGGGAGGGAAGUUGACCAAAGUAAUAUCGUUCAGCUACUGCUGAAUACUAAUCGUGAAGCCAACAUCUCAGUCGUCCCCAUUGUUGGGAUGGGUGGAUUGGGGAAGACUACUCUUGCUCAGGUUGUAUUUGAUGAUGCAGAAGUGAGAGCUCACUUUGAAAUCAAGGUUUGGGUCCACGUUUCACAGCGCUUUGAUGUCAAGGUGAUCCUUGAGAAGAUGUUGCAAUCCGUUAAUGGUGGAAGCCAAGCAGGUCUUGGUUUGGAUAUUAUGCAAACCCGACUUCGAGAAAGUAUUAGAGGCAAGAGGUUUUUGUUUGCGUUAGAUGAUGUGUGGGAGGAGAAUGUUCAAAGUUGGGAAGCUUUGGCAAAAUACUUGACUGCUGGGGCUCAAGGAAGCAAGGUGUUGGUGACUACACGUUCCACGAAAGUGGCAGAGGUUGGCGGAAGAGCCCUGAAGUCAGUAACAAGUGGCAGCACAGUGCUACCCUAUCCUUUAGAAGGCUUAUCAACAGAGGAUUCAUGGGAUUUAUUGCUGAAAAAGGCUGGCGGGGAAAUCCCAACUAAUCCAGUUGUAAUCAAAACUGGGAAAGAGAUAUUGGCAAAAUGUCGCGAAGUUCCUCUUUCUGUAAGCGCAAUAGCUAGUGUGUUGGUCAAUUGCCAAUAUCCAGAAAAUGAGUGGCCGUUGUUCUUACAAAAAGAGCUCUCCGAUAUCUCUGAUGAAGGGAAUUCCAUUAUGCCAACCCUCCAGCUCAGUUACAAUCAGCUUCCUUCCCAUGUGAAGGAUUGUUUCCUUUAUUGUAAGUUGCUUCCAAGGGGUUCUAGACUGGAUGUUCAAAGGCUGGUGCUGUUUUGGAUAGCACAAGGAUACAUAAAGUCCGAAGAAGAGGGUUUACAGUGUUUCAAAGUGUUGUGGUGGAGAUCAUUCUUCCAGGAGAUGGAGAUGGACGACCGAGGAAACAUGUUAAAAUGCAGAAUGCAUGAUUUGAUGUAUGAUUUAGCUGCAUCAGUGGCGGGAACAAAGAUCGUUAGAAGUUGCAAUCCAACUAUCCUAAAAACUCUGACUUCAAAAGCUCAUCAUUUAGCUGUCCUUGGAAAAGAUGAUGGUUGCAUGGUAGCAGACGCCAUUGACAAUGGCGAUGAGGUGAGUGAUGCAAAGAAGGUGAGAACGCUCUUGUCCGAUAAACAUUUUGCUAGAGAAGAAUGUGGUCAAAUUCUCCACAACUUCAAACGAUUGCGAGUAUUAAGGAUGCCUAUAACAGAUUUUGAUACAGAUGGCUAUAGACAAUUGGAUUACAUUGCCAAGUUGAAGCAUUUGAGAUACCUCGGUAUACGUUUCAAUUUAGUGUCGAAUCUUCCAAACUCUGUCACCAACUUGCUUAAUCUGGAAGUGCUCGACUUGUCUGAAUUCGGGAAUAUGGGAGGACUACCUGAAGAUUUUGGAAAAUUAAUUGAUUUGAAGCAUCUGUUACUCCAUCCUUCUGGGGCGUGGUAUUUGACUCAUAUGCCAAAAGGGAUUGGGGAGUUAAAGUCUCUUCAGACAUUACCGAUUUUCGUGGUAGGCUGGAGGAGGCAGCUUUUUGGAACUGAUGAAAAAGCUAUCGGGGUGGGUUUAGAUGAGCUGAUAGGAUUGAAUGCAUUGCGUGGAGAGUUGGCAAUUAUAUACUUGGCAGACGCCAAGUUUCUGGGUAUUGGUGUUUAUGUGUUGAAGAACAAGCUACUGCUUCUGUCAUUGGUUCUAGAUUGGGCCGGUCCAUCUGGUAUGUCUCAUGGUUCCACAAAUGAGGAAGAGAUACUUGCAAUUACACUUCACCCACCUCCUAAUCUGAAGAAACUGGAGAUAUGCGGCGGUUAUGGAGGCGUUACGCUGCCUGACUGGCUUGCUCACCUUGUGCAUCUGGUGGAGAUAAAAUUGGAAGAUUGCAAGAAAUGUGAGUACCUUCCACCGUUACAUCAACUCCCGUCUUUGAAGAAGCUUCAGAUUAAAUAUUGCACCCUUCUGAAGGGCAUGAAUUUUCAAACUGGUGAUCGUUUUCCCUGUCUUGCCUACCUAUACAUUGGACAUUGCCCGGCCUUGUCUCAGAUGCCCGCCUUCCCAACUCUUGAAACCCAGUUGGAGCUAGAAGAAACAAGUUUAGAAGGGUUAGAGAGAACGACGAAGGUGGACAAAAAUCUGCAUCCUCAUUCCCGUUCAUCUUCAUCUGCAGCAGCAAUUGUCCUCCGCCCACUCUCCAAGCUAACGAAAUUGACCUUGGGGAACACAGAUGGAAGUAUGGAAUAUCUACCAGAAGAUGGCUGGAGCGGUUUGGUUUCUCUUCAGCUGUUAAGCCUUAGCUCGUUAAGCGGAUGCGUGAAGCUACCCAGUGGGUUGGGUUCCAUUUCGAGCCUGACAGACAUUCGUCUGCAUUGGUGUGGGGCGCUAGAGUUCCUCCCACCAUUGCACCAACUUCCAAUUCUGAUGAGUCUAGUGAUUAAAUGGUGUCCCAAGCUGAAAGGAUGGUGGAAGAAGGGUAGUGAUCAUAAUAACGAUGCCGAUGAUCAUGAUCAUUAUUAUUGCUCCUCUUCGACUUCAGGAGCUGCAGCAGAGGAAGAGGAAGAAGAGUGGCCUCAUUUCCCUAGUCUUUCUCGCUUGGAAAUUAGCGGCUGCCCAAAGCUGACGCAUAUGCCUCUCUUUCCAACCGUUAAAGGGUUGGAGCUGAAGAAAACCAGCUCGCGGGUAUUACUGCGGACAAUGAAGAUGAAAGUGGCGGAUACUGAUGAUAAUCCAAAGCAACAUCCGCUCUCUAAGUUGACUUACAUGGUGCUCGAGGAUAUUGAUGACCUUGAAUCUCUACCAGAGGAAGGAUUCCGCAACCUCACUUCUCUCCGGGUGUUGAAGAUCGUGGACUGCCGAAGUUUAGCAUCUCUGCCUCAAGCGAUAAGACACCUCACCUCUUUGAAACAACUGAUAAUUCGGGAGUGUCCUUCGUUGACAGUGCGAUUGAUGAAGGGGUACGGGCAAGAUUGGCACACCAUUUCCCACAUCCCAGACUUAGAAGUGUGA